UCCGCGCGAGCGAAAAGGAGCGAGAGAAGAUGGCGGCGGUUGUGGCGUCGGGCGGCUCUGUGUCAGUUUUGGAGAGCGGACCCAAAAUGGCGGAGCACGGCGGCGGAGGAGGGCUGGGGCCGGCGGGAGUGGCGCCGAACGGGGCUGGCAACGGCUUGGGCGACGUCGGGAUGCCCAAGAGUGAAGGGGACCGUUCCAACAUGAACGAGAAGAGGAAAGAGAGAAAUGCCAAGCGGGGAGGAGGGAGUCGCUUUGAGCCCUAUGCCAGCCCUUCCAGAAGGUACCGGGCCUUCAUUACCAACAUCCCCUUCGACGUGAAGUGGCAGUACCUCAAAGACCUGGUCAAAGAGAAAGUUGGUGAGGUAACAUACGUGGAGCUCUUAAUGGACGCUGAAGGAAAGUCAAGGGGAUGCGCUGUUGUUGAGUUCAAGAUGGAAGAGAGCAUGAAAAAGGCUGUGGAGGUCCUCAACAAGCACAGCCUCAGCGGGAGGCCUCUGAAAGUGAAGGAGGAUCCUGAUGGAGAACAUGUCAGGAGAGCUGUCCAGAAAGCCAUGUCUGUAUCCGGCAGUGGGAUGGGGAUUGGGCCUGGCCCCGGGGGCCCUGGGAUGGUCAACAUCCCUCCCAGCAUCCUCAACAACCCCAACAUUCCCAACGAGAUCAUCCAUGCCCUCCAGGCAGGCAGGCUGGGAAGUACUGUCUUUGUGGCCAACCUGGAUUACAAAGUAGGCUGGAAGAAGCUGAAGGAGGUGUUCAGCAUGGCCGGUGUGGUUGUCCGUGCAGACAUCCUUGAAGACAAAGAGGGCAAAAGCAGGGGGAUUGGCACUGUGACCUUUGAACAGGCCAUUGAAGCUGUCCAAGCCAUCUCUAUGUUCAAUGGGCAGCUUCUGUUCGACAGACCAAUGCAUGUCAAGAUGGAUGAGCGAGCCUUGCCAAAAGGGGACUUCUUUCCUCCAGAGAGGCCACAGCAACUUCCUCAUGGACUCGGGGGCAUCGGCAUGGGCUUGGGGCCAGGAGGGAUACCUAUCGACGCGAACCACUUGAACAAAGGGCUGGGGAUGGGCAACCUGGGCCCUGGGGGCAUGGGGAUAGAAGGCUUGGGUUUUGGAAUGAACAAAAUGGGAGGGAUGGAAGGCCCUUUCACUGGCAUGGAGAACUUGGGCCGUUUUCCUUCUGGGAUGAACCUUGGCAGGAUGAAUGAAAUGGACCGUGCAAUUGGGGGUGGCUUUGAGAGAGACUUCCCAAGAAACGAAAUGGGAAUGCCCCGUAGUUUUGGAGAUACUCUGGAAAGGGGAAUAGGUGGGGGUGGUGGAGCAAGCCUCCCUGCCAUUGAUCGGAUGGCUCCCGGCCUUGACCGCAUGGCCACUGGCCUGGAAAGGCUCCCCUCUGGCAUGGGGCAUGGGAUAGAAAGGGUGGGCUCUGAGAUGGACCGGAUGGGGAUGGUGCUGGACCGGAUGGGUUCCGGCGUGGAUAGGAUGGGGUCAGGCCUUGACCGCAUGGCCCCCCUGGGGAUAGACCACCUUGCCUCUGGCAUGGACCGCAUGGGGGCAGCAGGCAUGGAGCGGAUGGGGGCUGCAGGGAUGGAGCGGAUGGGAGCUGCUGGGAUGGGCUUUGGCAUGGACCGUAUGGGCUCAGCCAUCGACCGUGUGGGCACCACAAUGGAUCGGAUGGGGGCUGCUGGUGUAGAGCGGAUGGGGGCUGCUGGCAUGGACCGCAUGGGUCUGGGCAUGGACCGCAUGGUCCCGGCGGGGAUGGGCCCAGUUAUGGAUCGGAUGCCAGCAGGGCUGGAGCGCAUCGGGGCUGCUCCUCUUGAUCGGAUGGGCCUAGACCGCUUGGCAGCCACCAACAUGGACAGGAUGGGGUUGGAGCGCAUGGGAGCAGCCGCUGCAGCUGCCGCCGCAGCUGCCGCCACUGGCAUGGAGAGAAUGGGGCCUGCCAUGGGGCAAGGCCUGGGCGGGGCAGGGCUAGACAGGAUGGGGCUGGCCAUGGGGAGCACCUUUGAGAGGACCAUGGAGAUGGACCGGGGAAACUUUGCCGCCGCCGCUGCCGCUGGGAACUUUGCUGGAGGCCUGGGGUCCGGCGGACCUGUUCCUGCCACUGCUGCCACCGUUGGGGUUGCCAGGAAAGCCUGCCAGAUCUUUGUGAGAAAUCUGCCUUUUGACUUCACAUGGAAGAUGCUAAAGGACAAGUUCAAUGAGUGUGGUCAUGUCCUGUAUGCAGACAUCAAGAUGGAGAACGGGAAGUCCAAAGGGUGCGGUGUGGUCCGCUUUGAGUCCCCGGAAGUCGCAGAGCGAGCCUGCCGCAUGAUGAAUGGCAUCCAGCUCCGUGGCAGGGAGAUCGACGUGAGGAUCGACCGCAACGCUUAAAACUGGAAAUGUUUAAAAAUACGAAGGCGGGGAGGUGGGGAGAGAGGAAAAAGGGUUUGGUUUGUACCUCUUUUCUUGUUGAUACUUUUAAAAAAACAUUUGCCUGGAUGUAAAGGUAGUGAAACUAUACUCAGUUGCUUUCCGGAGUAAUUUUAAUUCCCUUUUUUAAAAUAAAAUUUUACUGUCUUGGGGUUUUUUGUUUUUGCAUUGGAGCUGUAAACAUGCACUAUCCUGGUUCUUUGUAGCUGUCACAUUUGUUCAGUUUGAUGACGUAUUCCAGUAUGAUUUUGAGUAAUGAAAUUUUGCCCGUAAGCCGUAGCUUUUCUAUCUUCCGCUCAUCCCCGGCUGACAGGAGAACCUCUGUGGGUCGAGGGAAUCUUUUCAAGGAAGCAAGUAGUGAAUUGCCCGACUCUGGAAAGUAGUUUGUUGGGAAAUUUCUAUGAAUUUAAGUGUAUUUGGGGGGAAGGGAUUGUAUGGUUAGGACACAAAGUCAGACCAAAACCACAUUUGUAUGUCAAUAAUAAAAGUGUUUUUGUGUGA